AUGGCAAGCACGAAUGGCAACUACGAAACCCGGGGUCCGGUGGUCUUCGCCGUGACCACGGCGAUGAUCGUGUUGGCGUCGAUAUUCGUCUUCCUCCGAGUGGUAUCGCGCGUUGGCAUUGUCCGGCGGUUCAAACUCGAUGACUACUUCAUGGUAGCGGCCUGGCUCCUCGCAUUUGGGAUAUCUUUCUCGGUGUGUUACGGCGUUUCUGUGGGAUUGGGGCGGCACGAGUCAGACAUUCCUCCAGAAUGGGAUCCUCCGCUCAAGAGAGCCGAAUAUGCCUUCUCGGUGCUCUACAAUCCUACCUUGAUGGUAACUAAGACAUCGAUCCUAGCCUUUUACUUGACACUGUCCAAGGAGGAGAAGGUCUUCAGAAUGUUCACAUGGCUCACACUAGUUGUGGUCAACGUCGCCGGGCUUGCCUUGACGUUUCUGAACGUCUUCCAGUGCCGUCCAGUCGGCGCCGCCUUUCUCAACCCGGUGCCCGACUCAGCCCAGUGCAUCGACAUCGUGGCCAUAUACUUGUCCUCGGCGCCUGUAAAUAUCAUCACCGACUUGGCCAUUGUCUUCCUUCCGAUGCCAAUCUUGACUGGGAUGAGGCUCCCUAAGAAGCAAAAGGUCAUCCUGGUGAUCACUUUUGGGUUUGGUAUCUUCGUCGGCGUGGUAGACGUUAUCAGAAUCGCCUAUCUGCAAGACGCAUCUCGAGCCCGACUCAGCGCCGUCCAAGGAAACACGGACAACAGUAGUAACCCCGAUCGGGAGCCCGGGGUCACGGAUUUCUCAUGGAAUGCCUCCCUAUCGUUCAUGUGGUCAAUUGUAGAGGUCAACGUGGGCAUCAUGUGCGCAUGCGUUCCUGCAUUGAAACCACUGGUUGUAAGGUUUCUCCCGCGCAUCUUGAAAGACAGCAACGGCGGGGACGGAAAUCUAGCCAGCGCGGGUGGGACCAUGAACAGCGUCGAUAUGGCAGCCGCGCACCGCGUUCCAACUGCCCCAGCGUCUGCGCCAAACCGGCCGCCGCCAUUUGCGGCCAAAGGCCCCGAGAAGGACGAGCCGAUGAGCUUCCUGGACUUCUUAAGUUCGCCAGAGGACAACCCCGAAAAACCCAACGAUGACGGGCCGAUGGGCAUGAUGGAUUUCCUGACCACGCCGGACAUGGACAGCUCCUCGCCGCCUGUCCAACGAACCCAGACAGCUAUGACGAACACGACAAGACACACUGAGCCGGCAUCACAGCAGGCGUUUUUCGAUUUCGUCAACAUGAGGCAGCAGAAAAGUAUGGUGCAGAUGACUCACCGAGAAUCAGUGUUCCCAAUCGCCAUGGUGACAAUCCUGUUCUUCAUCUGGGGUUUCGCAUAUGGUCUACUCGACACUCUAAACGGACGAUUUCAAGGCGUCGCCCGUAUGACGAUAGCGCAAUCUAUUGGCAUACACAGCGCAUAUUUCGGUGGCUAUCUCGUAAGCCCGCUCACGUGCGGGCGUUGGGUCCUCAAAAACUGGGGCUUCAAGGCUUGUUACAUGGUCGGCCUAGUCAUUUACGCCUGCGGCACCUUGAUCUUCUGGCCCUCGGCUGUUCUGACAUCCUUCGGCGCAUUCCUAGCCUCGAACUUCAUCGUCGGCUUCGGAUUGUCAAUCCUCGAGAUCGCCGCGAACCCCUUCAUCGCUCUCUGCGGUCCACCAAAGUACAUGGAGGCUCGACUGAACCUAUCUCAAGGCAUCCAGGCGGUCGGCAGUAUCUGUUCGCCGCUGCUGGCAAGAAGAGUCCUUUUCCCCUCAUCGAAUAGCUCGGAUUCUCUUAUCGAUGUGCAAUGGACCUACCUCGGCAUCGCACUCUUCACAAUUCUCCUCGCCCUAGUCUUCUACUACGUCCCACUCCCCGAAGCCACAGACGACGAACUCGAGCACGCCGCCCGCCGCUCCGACGAUGCCAACCUCGCCUCGAUACGCGGCGUCCACCUUAUCUGGGUCACGCUCGCCCUAGGCGUCUUCUCACAGUUCUGCUACGUGGGCGCCCAGGAAGUCGUCUCGACCACAUUCGCCGAAUACCUGCGCCUCCUGGCGCCGUAUCUCAACGUCUCCGACUUUCAGGUCGUUGGAUCCAGCGCCUUCGCCGUCGGCCGCUUCGUCGCUGUCCUGCUUAACAUCUUCAUCAAGCCGCGCUACCUGAUGCUUUUCUUCUUUCUGGGUGCGCUGAGCUUCAGCAUCGCCGCCCAGCAUUCCUCGGGCGACACUGCUGUUGCUAUUGUGGUCAUGCUGUAUUUCUUCGAGGGACCGCUAUUCCCGUUCAUCUUUGCGCAAGCGCUGAGGGGCUUGGGGCGCCAUACCAAGACUGGGUCCGCGUUCCUCACUGCGGCGAUAUCGGGCGGCGCGGUAUUUGUGCCGAUCAUGCAUGGGGUAGCGGUGAAGAGGGGUCAGGUGUAUGCGUAUUGCGUCGUUAUUGCUGCGUUUGCGUUCGGCAUCCUGUUUCCGCUCUAUGUGAAUGCGGUGCCGAAAGCGAGGAGGCAGGUGGAUCCACCGCCGAGCGAGGGAAGCAGUGGUGGCAGUGGUGGCAGUGGUGGCAGUGGAGGUGACUCGCCGAGCUCGAGUUCGUCGGGCAGAGCGAGUCGGAUGAGCAAGGCGUUUGCGGGGCUUGCGAAACGGAACAAGAGGAGUGAGGAGGAGUUGCCGACUACGGAGCAUAAGGAGAGGACGGCUUCGGUCUCGCUCUCCUAA